AUGAAUAAUGAAGCCGAGUCCCGCUUCCAGCGCUACAGUGUUCACAUUUUUCAGAGAAUGUAUGGCUGUGAGUGGGAUGAUGAAACUGGAAAAGUUAAAGUUUAUGACCAGUUUGGCUAUGAUGGAGAAGACUUUGUAGCACGUGACCUGGAAACAGAGACGUGGAUCGCUCCAACACCUCAGGCUGUCAUCACCAAAUACAAGUGGGAGAAUGACAGGGCUUUGACUGCGCAGGAAAAGAAUUACUUCGCCCAGAUUUGUCCUGAGUGGCUGAAGAAAUUUGUGCACUAUGGGAGGAGCUCUCUGAUGAGAACAGUUCUUCCUUCGGUGUCUCUCCUCCAGAAGACUCUGUCCUCUCCAGUAACCUGCCACGCUACAGGUUUCUAUCCUAACAGAGCAGAGAUGUUCUGGAGGAAAGAUGGAGUGGAGCUUCAUGAGGGGGUGGAGAAAGGAGAGAUCCUCACUAACAAUGAUGGGAACUUUCAGAUGAGUGCUUAUCUGGAUUUUUCAUCAGUCAGAUCUGAAGACUGGCAGAGGUACGACUGUGUGUUUCAGCUUGCUGGUGGGAACGAGUACAUCACCACCAAACUGGACAAAGCAGCGAUCAAGACCAACAUGGGUACAAGUGAAGGAAAUUCACUCGCCAUGAUCAUCCCGAUCAUCGUUGCAAUGCUUGUUCUCGCAGUGAUAGCUGUAAUUGGUUUUACUGUCUACAAAAAGAGAACAGAGGACUCCUGCAGGCUGGAGAAGCUUAUCAGCUGGGCUGGCUCUGUUGUUGGCACGGAGCUUGAAUCUGGUGACAGUGGCCGAGAAGAAGUCUGGACAAACUGCAUCAUGGACGAUGUCAGCCACCCUGUGCACACUGUCAUCAAUGGACAGUCAGGCUGCUCCUCCCCAGGGGUAGAACCAACAUGGGGAGAGGGUGAGGAGCAGCAGGAGCAGGGGAGGUGUGUAUGA